AUGAAUCAUUCGAGUGCCAGAGGCCUUCGAAAUAUGCCUGAGGCAGAUGACACGCUCCAUAAAAUAAGAAGAGAUUAUCUGAUGUCCAAGAAAAAUCUGCAAGAACUACUCACUGCGAGUUCCACCAGGUUGUCGGGCAAUUCUGCGCGCAUUGGUCCACUUCCAACUCCUCCUCUUCAGUCGAGUGAGGCACUAAGCGAUGAGAAACUGCGACAGCAGAUAAGACAGGGUCUCCAGAAAGACGAGCCGCCUCUCCGAUCCCCCCAGGCGUCUCUUCAGCACAUGACCUCCUCUGCAGAUCUAGCAUAUCUCCGGCAGCUCAUGCGCGACCAACAGAGGCAAAUUGACGACCUGACACGCCGCUUGCAUUCCCAAAGCGUCUCCAACAAGGCACUGCAAGAUCGAGUUACCAUGUUGGAGGACUACGUUUCGCAAAUGGAGGCUUCCAACCGCCAAACCCGCAAAUACAACUACAAUUACACUAAAAGCGCCCUUAGCAGUUCCAGUAGUCUGGGAAGAUCCACUGCCCCCUCAGAAAGCUAUGAUGCUUACACAGGACCGGAACUCGACAAUACAAACUAUUUGCUUGACUUGACGCCGGGCAAAAUUCAACACAGGGAUUUCUCUAAUUUAGACGACAGCACUACAAGACUUCUGCAAUUAGCGCAGAACGCACAUAAUCCAUCGAAAUAA